AUGGGUGUGCCCUUUUAUGGCCGAUACUGGCAUAAUGUUGGUGAUGCCGUUGAUCCCAAUGACGAUAUGUGGAGGACAGCUACCGCCAGUGAUGGCCAAACCAAGUUCGAGGGUGGCGAUGUCCAAUGGCGCGAUCUUCACCAUCGAUACAACAUCUCGAUGGCCAGAUUUCAUCAAGGUGCAAAAAGUCCGUACAUUUGGAUACCUGAGAAAAAGACUUUUGUGGGAUUCGAGAAUCCGGAAAGUCUCAUACAUAAGGUAUAA